UGGAGAGACCGGAAACUACGUCACGCAGCUCUCCGGACACCGGAAGUGGAGGCGGAUCUGGACUCCAGUGGAUGCUCAGAUGAAGAUGUCAGGUCCUCAGUCCUUCAGGUCAUGUCUGCUGCUGUUCGCGUUAGUUCUCCGUCUCGGGGCGUCGGCAGAAGUCUCCAUAUGGAAGGUCGACAUAAACUCGACGCAGGACGCAGUGUUUCGAAAGACGCUGUACGCCAACACCACCAUCUUCAUGAAGUUCCAGGGUGACACGGCGCUAUGUGAGAGGAGCCUGGCCUUCAACAUCAGCUGGUACCUGCGCUCCUCUGUCUGCUACAACGAGGUCUUCAACACACCUGAUAACAAAGCGAUGAACAUGUUCGGGAUGGACCACAUGCUGAAAGACGGCUGGAGCGGCUUCUACAGUCAGGGUUACAUGUACUUUGAAAACUGCUCCUCGCUGUUCCUCCCCAAGGUGUAUUAUCCAGACUUCAACCCGUAUCAGCCUCUGAGCAGCCCAAAAAGUGAUCCGUCCAAUCAGAGCGCUGUGUGGCCCGACAAACCGGAUAUCGGCGCAGUGGCUAAAGCCUGGGAGGACAGUCCGUACCUGUUCAUAGUGAAGGUGCAGCCCAUACCCAGAGGGGUUGAGGAUGAAGACAUGGAGUCAGAGCAGCUCAGCUUCGCCUUCUCGAUGAAGGUUGAGAUGAAGGGACCACACGAUUACUCCUCUCCUGCAGACUGGCCUCUGAUGAUGUUCUUCAUGGUGAUGUGCAUCGUGUACGUGCUCUUCGGGGCUCUCUGGCUCUUCUGGUGCGCCUGCUACUGGAGGGAUCUGCUGCGGAUCCAGUUCUGGAUCGGCGCCGUCAUCAUCCUCGGCAUGCUGGAGAAAGCUGUGUUUUACUCGGAGUACCAGAGCAUCCGCUACAAGGGAGACUACAUUCAAGGUGCUGUGAUUUUCGCAGAGCUGCUCUCUGCUCUCAAAAGAUCUCUGGCCCGAAUCCUGGUCCUCAUCGUCAGCCUCGGUUACGGCAUCGUCAGGCCCAGGCUGGGGACCACAGUGCACCGACUGGCCGCUGUUGGAUUUCUCUACCUGAUUUUCUCCUCUGUGGAAGGAGUUCUAAGAGUGACAGGAGGUUUCUACGGGACGGUUGCCCUGGUGGCUAAUCUCAGCCUCUCCCUCAUCGACUCCUGUGUCAUGUGGUGGAUUUUCAUCAGUCUGUCUCAAACCACUCGCCUCCUGAAGCUGCGCAGGAACGUGGUGAAGCUCUCCUUGUAUCAGCACUUCACCAACACUCUCAUCUUCUCCGUUCUCGCCUCCAUCAUCUUCAUCAUCUGGACCACCAAAGUCUUCAAGCUGGUGGACUGUCAGAGGGGUUGGAGGGACUUGUGGGUAGAUGAUGCAUUCUGGCGUCUGCUGUUCUCCACCAUCCUGCUGGUGAUCAUGGUGCUGCUGCGGCCCUCCGCUAACAGCCAGAGAUUCUCCCAUUCUCCUCUGAUUGAUGAGGAUGAUGACGAAGAAGAGGCCAAGGAGCCCAUGCUGAAUGAGGCGUUCGAGGGCAUGAAGAUGAGAGGCUCAAAGCCCGACACGAACGGUUCCCAGAAACUUCUGAGUAAAGAGGAUGAAGACCUGAAAUGGGUGGAGGAGAACAUUCCUACAACUGUUGCUGACGUAGCGCUCCCUGUGAUGCUCGAUGAGGAAGAGGAAAUCCUUAAAACCAAGAUGGAGCGAUCCAAAAUGGAGUAGACGUUGAUGCGAGGAGGAGAUGUGAGAAUGAGGAGAAGGCUAUUUCACUGAGGCAGCGAUGAAUGCGUUCUGAGUGAUCUGAUUACCAAAAAAAAAUGUGGGCAAAGCCAACCUUUCUCUCCAGACACUACAUCUUAAGUUUCAUUUCACCCGUAUUGUGUAAACACUGUUAUAAGCUCAGAGAAGCAUGAGUAAUGUGUCGAUGAAGAGGCGAUACUGUGCGACCCCCGUAGUUCGAGGGGUCGGCUGUUCGAUGUCAAGUUUCUGGGAGAAGGAUGAAAACUGAGGAGCGGAGCACUUUCAUAAAUAUUCUAUGUGUUUCAAAGCUUCAGUGUCAAAAAGUAGGCCAAACUCAAGCAGAGAGCAUUUUACACAAUAAUAUUAAAUCAAAUCCUCUCCUGUGUUUAAAGAAACAGAUCAUAUUUAACAGAGUUAGGUUUCUGAAGCACAGGGAGGAGGAUGAGAUGGUACAAGGGAAGUUUCCCCUCUUAUUUUGAAAUGUAGAAGUGACCCCAAGUUGUAUGAUACCAGGCCUGACAGAGGAUAUAUUCAGAUACAAGCAAGAUGCUUGGUAGCAAAAAUGUAUGGUGGUCCUAAGAGCUCAAAACACUACAGAUGAAGAAAUACAUGCAAAUCAAGGAAAUAUCUUUGACUAUUUUAAGACAUGUUUUCUAAACACAUCAAAAUGACAAAAUGUGUCCAAAUAGCACAAAAAUACCUUACUUACCUUACCUCAAACCCCAUGAUACUUUCAAAAUAAAAGCUUCUUUUUCAUAUUUACAACUCUAUGAUUAAGGGCCUGUGUCCAUCAACAGCAUCAGAGCUGCUGCUAAUGCUGCAACAGAACUUCUGUGAUCUAUAUGUUUUAUUUUAAGAUGCCAUUGAAUGAAAGAAAAUAUGAUGCAUGGAAAACAGACUUAACAGUCACCCCAAGGGGACUGUGGGACAACUUUUUGAACCUAGCAACAGUAUGGGCUGGUGAGAAGCGCUCCGACAUUCAAAGGCUGAUUUAUACUUCUGCGUUAAAUCAACGGUGUACCCUACGCCGGGGGUCCGCGUAGCUCCCGUACCUACGCCGAGGCCUACGCACGUAGCUGACGUGCACCUCCUCCAAAAUGUAACUCCCCGUAGAGCUGACGCGGACCGCAAGCUCUGUGAUUGGUCCGCUCGGCGGCUUUGUCUUGCCCGCAUUUAAAGCACUUCUGGGAUCCCGGACAUCGGCCGUGUAUUUCAUCUCCUCCUCUCUAUUCUUCAUGUAAUCAUGUCUGUAUGAUAAACAGCAACAUGUAUCAGCUGUAGAUUAACAUAACACGCUCUGAAUCUCUGUGGAAAAGUAAACAGAGAUCGUAGCGGGACCGGAAGUAGACGGCCGGCUAUCAGAGAGACCGCACUGCCCUCAGGCGUUUCGGCGAAGAAUAGCUGUGCGUCACUGACACACCGACGCACAAGUAUGUGGUGCUCAUGUCUGCGUCAGCCCCUGCUGCGUAGGGGAGACGCAGAAGUAUAAAUCAGCCUUAAGUCAUGGGUGCUUCCACAGCAAAAGACGAUGGUUAAUGGACACAGGCCCUGACACAUCAUCGUGAAGUUCCCUGACAGAGCAAAGAUCCAAAAUGCAAAUAAAUCAUACAUCACAGACACAUUUCUUAACACGAAGAAAUGCAGUCAAAAAUGUGGCAAAAAAAAUUCUCAAAGGAACAAACAUUUCUGCAAAAAUAAAAAAAAGGGAAAAACUGAAUUUGGUAAUUUCACCAAAUUAUACUAUGUAACCAAAUCCUACAACACAACUAAAAAUUGUAUCAACACUAACUACUUCUACAACCCUUCCAAAUACCACAAACACAACCACAUACAGCACAACAAAAACAACCAAAAUCUGCAACACAAAAGAGUUUCACAACAAAAAACAAAACAAAAUAGAGUUUUGGCAACACAACGAGAAUUUGAAACGCAAUCAAAGAUCAAAACAAUUAUGUAAACUUCAAAAAACCACAACAUAACCAGCAACACAACUAGAUAUUACGACACAACCAUCAGCAAAACACAAUAAAACUCAACGACAGCCAAAUUCUUUCAAAACAAAAGAGCUUCAAUUCUCCACAAAAUUCCACCAAACAAGCAUGUUUUUGCUCCACAGUAAUACGUCUUUUUUCCAAACAUCAAGUUAGCAAACAACAAAUAAAAAAAACAACUAGCAUGAGAAUUCAAAUUGAUUCAUUGUUUUUUGCAGGUUAUUUAAUGUUAAGAGCUCGAAGGGCCACUGAAAAUGUAAGAUGUAAAAAGUUCUCUUUUCAGAAAUUAUUUUCAUCCCUUUCAAUCUCUAAUAAGUUAACUACAUAAUAGGUAUAUUUAAUAUUUCAAUGGGUGAACAACUGAGUUGUAUAAUUCAACAUUAAUAAGCCAGAUAACUUCAGAUCAAUGUUUUGAUGUUUCUUUUCUUAUCUGGCAAACAUUUCUCAUCUCAUUUCUUGUAGCUGCACCAACAUGCUAUUUAUGUAAGUCUUAUUAACACAUAAGGAACAACUCUUUAUCUGACUAGCUGAUUAAUCAGAGUAUUUAAAUAAACACACUACUGUCACUUCAUGUGAAAACAGCUGCUCCAGUGAAUUUAAUACUUGAACUGUAGCACAGUUUUCAGGGUUAAUCUGCUACAUCUCUUCUUUUUGGGGGAUUCUUGUGUUGACUGAGGAUAAUUUAAUAUCCUAAAUGUACAGGUAUGUCCCAAAACACAGCGCCCAUUGAGUGGACACAAGCAUUGUGCACAAGGUCAAAGAACAGCAGCUCUCAUAACUGAAAAUGUGACUCUAAUAUUGCAGAUUUGCUGCUGCUGAUAAAUAAGAGGCUGUUUGCUCCUCUUUGAUAACCCUUGAAACAAACACAUCUCCAGACCAGGCAGAAGUAGUCAUGAGUCUGAUAUUAAUGAUGUUUAUAUCCAUCACAUUUUCAUAUAGCUGCAGUGAUUCAGGUCCACUUCAUGUUGCUCUAAAGUGAAAGCUUUAUUGUAUCCAGUGGAUCACAGAAACCAUUGAUGAACCCCACAGAUGUGGUUUUAGACUAAACUCAGAUACACAUGUCAUUUGUCUUACUGUUUGUAACACUAUCACACUCACCCUCCACAAACUGGGCCACAGCUUUGUUAAAGUGUCACCCAAAAUCAGUAACACUAAGUAGAUUUAAUAAUAUUUAAUGAAUGAAUUCACUCUAUAGAUUCCUUUGAGCCUCUCUUACUCACAUUUUAAACUGGCCUCUUCACGGGCAGCAUUUUAUCUCCGUCCUUGUGCAAUCUACUACAGAAUGUGUGGAUAAUCUAAAUUCCUUAAUUUAUGUUUUUUUUUAUAUUUGUCCACGUCUUAUUGAGGAUAUUUAAUUUUAGAGAGAAUCUAAUGCCCAGGUUUCUGGAUGUGUCUGCUUUGUAAUGUGAAGCUGAUGAUGUUGUAUGGCUUUUUGCGUAUGUCCUGCAAAUAAAAUUUAUAUUAAAACAUGA